AGCCGAUAGGUCAUUAAGAACGAGAAGGAAAACAUCACCAUGAGAACGAUUUUAAUUUGCUACUCAGUUUGCGUCCUGGCUACCCUGUUUACCAGCCUCGAUGCUACCCAGAUCCCGGAUGCAGGAUUAAGGGUAAAUAUCAACAAGACGCCGUCACUGUUCGGACGUCGCGGUGGAUCCGAAUGGCCGGAAUACUCGAGAAUGACGACCAAGAAAGCUAAGAGCUUGAACCUGUCGUCGGUUGUGGACAAAAUUACCAAGUACAUAUCGAAUUACGCAUCCAGCUCGGCCAGCUGGCUCACGUAUCCUUAUUAUGGUAUUUCCACCGGAGUAGCGUCCAUGAUCGUCCUCUUUGUCGUCAUCUACAUUCUCAUCGUCGUGAGUGGAUCUGUGGUGACUACAACGGGCAGGAAUUUGGCUGAUCGUAUGGGCGUGGAUCCGGAAGAGCUGGAUCGACUUACUGGCGUAAUCACAACAGCCUUCAAUCAAAUGUCGGAGAAACUGAGCAGACACGGCAGAUCAGCCGAUUCGCAGCCCAAGGAUCAAGAAAAUGCCCGCUUUAAAGUGACCGGAAGCGGUGGUCCCAGUUGGAGUUCAUCGAUUACGCAGUACGACAGCGUCAGCGAUUACAUUUCCGCCAACUUGUACGACAAACUUAUCUGGUUGUCUAAACCUUACGCCGGCUACAUUCUAUCGAUGGGAGCCGUCAUACUCUACAUGGUUGUCAUCGUCAUCAUUGCAAUGACAAGUGGCGUCUUUCCGAUAAGUACCCUUGGACGACAGUUGCACGAUUCUCGACUACAAUUAAAUGAGGACGCUAAUCUAGCCCGAACGGCUGGAUUCGUCAUGGAAGCUAUCAACUUGUGGAUGGAUGCGAGACACAAUAGUUUGAAAGAAGACUAGUUAAUUCUGAGGAAAAAUCAUUUCCUGACUAUUCAAAA